GUUGUUUUAGACUGGUCUAAAAAUGUAUAAAAUGUGUCUGAAUGAAUUUUUAUUUAUUUUUAUUUUUUUAUGAUUUAGUAGUAAAGCACGUUUUUAUAAAUAAUAUGUGGUCUUUAUAAAUAUUUCCAGAUCUUAUUUUUAACUAUUUGCUCAAAAUCAAAUGGAAAACUAUGCUAGAAUGGAUAACAGUGUUGCAGAUUCAAAAAUUCUAAAUUUUAAAAAUCUGAGUUCAUUUAUUUGUGUUUGCUUUAGUAAGCUAAUCAAAAAUAAAUAGAUACAAAUAAAAGUAAUCACUUUAACAGAAUCAUCAUAUUGGUCAAAAUGAUAUUAUUGUAUGUUUUGAGUUGAGAAGUUGAGGACUAUAUGUUAAAUAAUAAUUUUUGAUUGAAUAAUAUAUUCUUAUUACACAAUAGUUUAACGUUUAUUAGUUUUAAGAACAUGGGAUUUAUACUUCAAAUGUUUUUAUUUUUUUAUUUUUAAGUACCAUAUUAAUGAACAGAGCCUGCUGAUUCAUCAUAUAUUAAAGUGUCCCACAUAUUAAAGGUGCACUAAGGGAUUUUUGCCAAAUGAUGUUGAUAUCUGAAAGCAGCAAAACAAACACGGCCAUACCCCAACAGGAUCUCGCCUCUAUUUUGAUAACUCCGCCCCACACGUACGUUCACAACCCUGGAAGCGACGAUGGCUGAAUCUGCGAUAUUCAAGCAAAAGCCAACACAGAACUUGGUCAGAAUGGCCUAGAGCACCCUGCAGUGGACAUCUCCUUAGAAGAUAGUUCAGGGAUGUUGGUGGAUGGCUUUGAGAGAACAUACGAUGGUAAACUCAAGUGCCGCUAUUGCAACUAUGCCACCAGAGGCACUGCACGUCUGAUUGAACACAUUCGCAUCCACACAGGUGAAAAACCCCAUAGAUGUCACCUGUGUCCAUUCGCUUCAGCGUACGAGCGCCACCUGGAGGCACACAUGCGUUCUCACACAGGCGAGAAGCCUUACAAGUGUGAGCUCUGCUCCUUCCGCUGCAGCGAUCGCAGUAACCUUUCACAUCACCGGCGUCGAAGACACAAACUCCUCCCCAUGAAGGGUGCACGCUCCGCUCUCUCUCACCGAAAGAUGCUCAGUGUUUUGCAGAAGAGAGGAAACUCACUUGGUUAUGGCCGCCGGCUGCUCAUCAACCUCAGCCCGCCAUCCAUGGUGUUGCAAAAGCCCAGCUCAGAGCAGCACCACCUGGGUGACUUCUCUCAUGAUCUCCCUCCCCACGCCCACCUCCAUCAGGAGGCCUAUAAUGGUCUAGGAAAGGAUGCACAAGUUAGUGGAGUAAUUGGAAGUGGCUCCAGGGAGGAGCAAGACAUGGCAUUGGACAACCCGCUGAACCAGCUUUCAACUUUGGCCGGUCAGCUUGCCAGCCUACCACCGGAGGCCCAAGGUGCACCGGUGUCUCCCGGAGCAGAAUCUCUACCAGACGAAAAACCCACAUUCCUCAUCCAACAGCCUGUGAUGGCACCUGCUGCCGUCUCUGUCAGCACGGCUCAAGCUUCUUCUCCCAUCACCCCCGAGCCCAGACCAGCUGCGCACAGCGGCUGUAGCCCUGGAGUUGGACCCUGCAGCGAAAGAACCAGCACUCCCAGUGGUACCAACAGCCAGCCAGGGACGCCAACCCAGGUACAGGACCCCCAGAUGCUCCACCACUGCCCCCACUGUCACAUAUAUUUCCCUGACAACAUCCUUUACACCAUCCACAUGGGCUGCCAUGGUUAUGAGAACCCUUUCCAGUGUAACAUAUGCGGACACAGGUGCAGAAACAGCUAUGAUUUUGCCUGUCACUUUGCGAGAGGCCAGCACAAAUAAGGACACAUGGAUAUUGAUGUCCUCUUCUUUGCCCUCUGUUACAUAAUAAUAAAAUUCUAUUAUCUGGAACAUUCCAAAGACAAAAUCCCUUCUUUGUAAUUAUUGUAUUUGAACUGUUAUCCGUAUGUUAUGCUGAAGCGAAGACUAUAGAAUCCAAGACGUGUCACUUGUAUAGUUUUGAAUGGAGAAAAAAUGCAACGCUCAUUGUGGCAGCUUUAUCGAAGGAAGCCCCGCCUUUUGAGUAAAAGAGCCCAUCGCCAAUCGGUAAAGUCAUCGCAUCACUGCAGCUGUCAUUAUAAGUCCCGGUUGCUAUAGAAACAGUAAGCAUUUUGAGACGUGGGCAUAGGACUGCACAUGCGCAUUUGCUCGUCUUGAGUGAAAAUAAGCUUUUUUUUUAAGGCUAUUGGAGCAACAAUUAUGAGAUGGUUGUUUCAUUGGUGAUUUCAAAUAUGAAAUUUGAUUAUAAGCUUAGCGAACAGUUUUGGAGAAUUUAAAGCUACCCCAUUCAAAUAGAUAGGAGCUGCACUUGCAUGCUGAGAGGUGUUUUAAAGAUGGCCGCCAAGUGACAUGACUUGCCCUAAAGAUACUUUGACUGAAGUCAGAAAUCCACAUUCGGAGUGUAAAACUGGUCUUUGGAAAUGUUGAUGCUAAUGGUGUCCUCACAUCAAAAAUUAGCAUCCCAGAUUAUUCUAGUUCGAGAUCUUGAGAAUUUCAUCAAAUUGUCAGAUUUUGUCUCAGCUCUUUCGUAUAAGUGCCAGAGUUCAGUAAUCAGUGCCUACAGUUAUUUUCUGAAAGUUGACCCUUACAUUUUUUAUUAUUUUUAUUUUUCACAUUUCAAAUUCAUUGACAGUAAAUGUAUUGGCUAUUCUUACACUUUGGAUUUAAAUGCAGUAUAAUGACAUUGCUACAUUUUUUAAUGUAUUUUAUUUUUAUUCAUCACAAAUGAUUCCUCGUUUCUUAAGAGAGCUGCAUUAUUUAAUCCUAACUUAAGUCAACAAGAUCGUGAUUGAAGAUGAAAAUCUAUAGCACAGCUAAGUUGAUUGUUUAGCAGUGAGAAAUAGUUUACUGUAGUAGCCUGAAGUCCUUUCUUUACUUAGCACAAUCACACAUAGCUGUAUACACUGUUUUUUUAAAGCAGUGUUGAAGAUUAUUUUGAGCAGUGAGAGCACACUGUUCUCUCUCUUUCACUUUCUUCCUCAUCGCUACCACCAGUGCCAUGUUGUAGAUGUUAUUUGUAAGAUUUUUGGAAGCGUCUGUGGUGCUACUAUUUAAACAUUUCAUAUAACUGUCUGCAUAAUGAACUAAAUUAUCAGAUAAGUAUUGAAUAACAUGUUUUGGUGGAUUUGAUGUUGAAUGUCAAUAAACCUGACUCAUGCGAUGUGUACUGAAA